GAAACCCACCCACCCACCCUCACGCACCCCCUCAGUCCCACGCCUGUCGCCGUCUCCGUGGAAGAAGAAGAAGAAUCGUGCGCUUUUUUUUUUUUUUUUUCUCUUCUUUCUUUCUUCCUUCCCCCUUCUUCUUUACUUUUUUUCCCUUUGGGAAGUGAUUUUACGCCCAUCGCUGGGCAAGUCCCCUCGCCGGUGUUGCAACAUGGUGGCCCAAGUGUCACCCAAACGGCGCCGCACGUGAACCCCCAAACUCGGACGCGCGUGGAAUGACAGCAGCAUGCCGCCCAAGAAAAAGGGAGAGCGUCACGACUCGGACGCCGCUGAGGAAAGAAACGCCCAGGUGCAGUUGGAGAAAGCAAAGUACCGGCCUGUGGCUUUCGCCGUACGCUGCAACUUCUCCUACACGCCGGCAGAUGACGACAACGUGCCGGUGCCGGGCCAGGCGAUCACCUUUGAGGCCCGAGACUUCCUCCAUGUUAAAGAGAAAUUCAACAACGAAUGGUGGAUCGGGCGACCGGUGAAGGAGGACGGCGUGGUGGGCUUCAUCCCCAGUCCGGUCAACCUGGAGACCAUCCUGAUCAGGAGAGAAGUCCAGGCCAGGAAGGCGGCCAAGGCCUUAGCCAACAAAGCGUCAUCACAAGUGGCUCAAGAUAUGAAUUCAAAGAAAUACACGCCACCUUCGCAAGCCAAUCAGCAAGUGAAAAAGAAGCCGGGGGAACAGGUGUCCAUGUACGACGUGGUGCCCACCAUGCGCCCCGUGGUUCUCAUGGGGCCAUCACUGAAGGGCUUAGAGGUUACAGACAUGAUGCAAAAAGCUCUCUUUGACUUCUUGAAACAUCGUUUUGACGGCAGAAUCACAAUCACACGGGUGACAGCGGACAUCUCUCUGGCCAAACGCUCCAUAUUCAACAACCCUGGAAAAAAAGCAUUAAUUGACCGCACCAACACCCGCUCCAAUUUAGCCCAGAUCCAGGGGGAGGUGGAGCGCAUAUUUGAACUGGCCCGCAGCCUGCAGCUGGUGGUGCUGGAUGCGGACACCGUCAACCACCCUUUACAGGUGUCCAAGACCUCCCUAGCUCCCAUCCUCGUCUACGUCAAGAUUUCCUCUCCGAAGGUGUUGACCAGGCUGAUCAAGACCAGGGGAAAGUCUCAGACCAAACACCUCAAUGUCCAGCUGGUGGCUGCAGACAAGCUCGCCCAGUGUCCGCCGGAAAUGUUCGACGUUAUCUUGGACGAGAACCAGCUGCUGGACGCCUGCGAGCACAUCGCCGACUACUUGGAGUUGUACUGGAGGGCCACGCAUCCUCCUGAGAUGGAACCCACAAACGAUCUGGUGGCCCGCCUGGCCGAGAACACGCUGCCCACCAGUCCCACCGUCAGACCGGACGAGCAGAAGAGCAAGAAGUCGGCCGCGCCCAAGAGGAAGGGUCCCCGCGACAACCCUUCCGGCCAGGAGCCCGCCGCCUCUGCCCAGCAGCAGAAACCCGACGAGGGUCGAGGACAGGACGAUGACGAGGAGCAUAUCCUGAGCACAGAAAUCCAGCGAGGCCAGCACUCUCGCCACCAUCGUCACCACCAUCACCGCAGAACAGACGCCAGUCACACCCGGAGGCUUGACGAGGACGAGGACGAGGAGGAGGAUGGACGCUAUAACCAGCGGGACCAACACCAUCACCGCCAUCAUCAUCACCAUCAUCACCGCGACGACCACGACCACCACAGGCCUCGCCAGCAUUUUCUGCCGGACCACAACAACCACCAGGGCAGAGACGGAGAGCGAGAGAGGAGAGGAGGAGCCAGGGAGAGGGACAAGGACCGAGACAGAAACCCCAGGCUGGGCCACAGGGACUCGCAUUUACACUAGUUUCUCUUCUGACUUUAGACUAAAUGUGUGAAAAAUAGGAGCGACAAACAUUUAUUAUUGUACAUUUAAAAAAAAAAACAUUUUAAUAACAGUAACUUUUGAUCUAGUUUCGGUGCAAACAGAGCAGUUAUACAAAUAAAUCAAUCUCACUAGCACAA